AUGACCGACAAGGCAGCCAAUUGGGCACUCCCUAUUAUUGGGAACAUCAUCAAGGGCAAGGGCAACCCUCCCACCACCAUCCAGGCCUUAAUGGCUAAAUUCAAAGAAGCCUUUGCCAAUCCAGACGCAAAGAGGGCGGCCGCCAGAAAGAUUGCCGCGUUAACUCAGACCACCACCACGUCUGAGUAUGUCACAGAAUUCCGCAACCUCAUGGCGGAACUUGACUGGAACACUGAGGCAUACAUUGCCCAGUUCACGCGAGGCCUUCACUGGAAGGUCAAGGAACUCCUGUCCACCAAGGACAACGUCCCCAACAACAACCUCAAGGCCAUUUUUGCCGCCUCAAUCAAAAUUGACAACACUUGUUGGGAAAACAAGGAGAACCGUCCCAAGAAGCUCCCUGCCAAGUCCUUGGCCACUGCGGCCACUACCUCCACCACACAACGGGUCCGCCUAUUGGAAGACCCCAAUUAUGUCACACCGGAGGAAAGGGACCGCCGCUGCGCGUCUGGCCUUUGUGUCAAGUGCGGCCAAAAAGGGCAUGGCAUCAAACAGUGCCCUAAUGGAUGGAAGGCAACUAUCAAGGAAGUUGCCAAACCCCCGACUCAGAAAAAGGACAAUUUAGAUAGUUGCGUUGAAUUUGUAUCAGUUGGUCUUGACUCCAAUAAGAAACCUCUAUUAUUCAUCAAUCUAUACGUCCAGAAUUUCCCAGCAGAACCUCUCAAAACUCUAAUAGACUCAGGAGCCACAUCAAACUUCAUUUCCCCCUUGAUUGUGGAAAAAUAUAAAAUUCCAAAAACCCAACUCAAAAAUCCACAAGUUGUGAGAAUGUUAGAUGGUACCAUUUCCCAGACUGGUUGCAUUUGGCACCAGGUUCACCUCACGGUUUUGGCCAACGGCCAUCCCCACUCCAUUCCCUUUCUUGUUUGCCCCAUUGGCAACACCUUGGCAAUCCUAGGCAUGACAUGGUUAACGGCAGAAGCUCCUCUUAUUGAUUGGCAACAGGGACUAGUUACAUUCCCUGAACAAGUUCAAAUUGCCUCCGAGGAAGAAGCAGACUCAGACCCUUUAGCAGACCUCCCCCCUCAGUACCAUGAGUUUGCUAAGGUUUUUGGCAAAGAAGAAUUUAAGGUCCUCCCUCCACAUAGGGAGUAUGACAUCUCCAUCAACCUUGUCCCAGAUGCCAAACUGACUCCUGGCCCCAUAUACAGCAUGACCGACGCAGAAUCAAAGGCGCUAAAACAGCAUAUUGAUGAGGAAUUAGCAACGGGCAAAAUCCGCCCUAGUACCUCCUCAGCAGGCGCCCCGGUCAUGUUUGUAAAAAAGGCUGAUGGGUCCCUCCAACUAGUUGUCAAUUACAGGAAGUUGAAUGACGUAACCCACAAAAAUGUCUAUCUGCUCCCUAGGCAGGACAAUCUCAUGGCCAAACUCAGGCACGCCAAGAUCUUCACCAAAUUGGAUUUACGCUGGGGAUAUAACAAUGUCCGGAUUAAGGAAGGAGAUGAAUGGAAAACGGCCUUUAGAACAAAGUACGGGCUAUUUGAAUACUUGGUAAUGCCUUUUGGCCUCACCAAUGCCCUGGCCGCUUUCCAACACUUCAUGAACAACCUAUUCAGGGACCUCAUCGACGUCACUGUGGUUAUCUACUUGGACGACAUCCUGAUUUUCUCAGAAGACCCCAAGGACCACCCAACCCAUGUCAGGGAAGUCCUAUCACGGUUGAUGAAGAAUCAGUUGUUCUGUAAACUCUCCAAGUGUCACUUCCAUGUCACCACGGUAGAUUACCUGGGCAUAGUCAUUUCCCCAACAGGCUUUUCCAUGGACCAGAAGAAAAUUGAGGCGGUCACAUCAUGGCCAACCCCCAAAAUGGUCAAACAGGUCCAAGCCUUCCUAGGAUUUGUCAACUACCUCCACUGCUUCAUCCCUAAUUUCAGUUCAGUAGCUCGCCCUUUGCACAAUCUUACCAGAAAGGAAACCCCCUGGUCAUGGGGCAACCUAGAGGAAGCAGCAUUUCAGGAGUUGAAGGUUCUUGUCACCAAGUCACCGGUCCUCAUCCAUUCCAACCCAAGACUCCCUUAUUACCUUGAGACAGAUGCUUCAGGGGUUGCCAUGGGAGCUAUUCUUAGUCAGCAAGGAUCAGACAACCAACUACACCCAAUCGCAUAUAUGUCCAAAUUGUUCUCAGGGGCAGAGGCCAACUACGACACUCACAACAAGGAACUCCUGGCCAUCAUCAAGGCCUUGGAGGAAUGGUGUAUCUUCCUGGAAGCUACGGACAAGCCAGUUCAGGUAUUUACAGACCACCGCAACCUUGAGUACUGGAUGCAGGCAAGGACAUUCAAUUGGCGGCAUGCUAGAUGGCGCGUAUUCCUGAGCAACUUCAACUUUGAAAUACAUUAUCGCCCAGGGAAGCAGUCAGGGAAACUGGAUGCCUUGUCCAGACAAUUGGACUAUGUAGACCUACCCACGGAACCAGAAGUCAUGCUACCCGCGGAAGUCUUUGCAAACACCUUGGAAGAGGAGGUUGAAAUUGUCACAGAAAUACGGUCUAAAAUCAGAGAGGACCCGUCUCUGGAACCAAUCAUCCAGUUCCUUACAGAAGACGCGGAGGAUGCACCCCCUUCUAUUCAAAAGGCUUAUUGGGAUUAUGACUGGGAGGAAGACCUUCUAUGGUACCAAGGAAAAUUAGUAGUCCCAGACUCAGAACCCCUCAAGGAACAAUUGCUUAAGGAAUUCCACGACUCCCCAUUGGCGGAAGUCCCCCCUUUCCCGUUCCACACAAUAUCCUACAACUUCAUCACGGGAUUCCCCAAAUCUGACGGGUACGAUGCAAUUCUAGUGGUGAUCAAUUCCUUCUCCAAGUUUGGUCAUUUUAUCCCAACCACAAAGAAGGUCACGGCUAAGGGUCUAGCCGACCUAUUCAUUGCCCACGUCUGGAAGUUACACGGACUACCGGUCAAAACAGUCUCAGACUGCGGAACAACGUUCAUGGGAAAAUUCCUAAGAGCAUUAUACCAGCGCCUUGGAAUCAAACCAGCCUUCUCUUCAGCCUACCACCCGGAGUCAGACGGACAAACAGAAAGGGUGAACCAAUUUAUUGAAUUCUACCUCAGGUCCUACGUUGCGGCAGACCAUUCAGACUGGGCUACCUGGCUACCGCUAGCGGAAUACGCAUACAACAACGCUAGACACUCGGCCACAGGAAAGACCCCCUUUGAACUUGUCUAUGGAAGAAACCCGGUCAUGAGUCCAUCCAAUGUACCGGCAAAUGUCCCGGAAGCCAAUCACGUAGCCAACACCCUGGCUCAGGAAUGGAAGGAAGCGGAAUCCGCCCUACAAUUGACCAAGGAAAGAAUGGCAGGAAACAAGGGAAUAACCCCGGAAUACGCAAUUGGCAAAAAAGUCUGGCUGGAUGGGAAAAAUGUGGAGCUUAGAACCAACUCCAACAAAUUGGACCCUAAGAGACUAGGCCCUUUUGAAGUCUUAGAAAAAAUAUCCAGCCAUGCGUACCAACUAAAACUCCCGGAAACCUUGAGAAUCCAUGACGUGUUCUAUGUAGGACUGUUAUCCAAAGUCCACAAAUCUCCCAGUCAACCCUUCCCAGAACGUCCCCCUCCAGAAACAAUCAAAGGGGAAGAAGAGUAUGAGGUAGAACAGAUCAUUGACUCCAAAAGACAACGAGGAAAAUGGUUCUACUUGAUCAAAUGGAAGGGGUACGGCCCAGAAGAUAACUCAUGGGAGCCAGAAGAACUGUUGGAACACAGCCAAGAAGAGAUCAAGCAAUUCAACCAAGCAAGACUCAGAAAGGCUUGUGACACCGCCAAGAGCCUUUAA